AUGAAUAACAAUACUACAUCAGCACCACUCGUCUGCUUUAUUGUAUGCGAUGGUGGACCAGCAGCUCAUUUCGCAGCAUUUGCUACCAAUAUGUUCAAUCAAAAUCAAGUACAAAUCACUAUACAUGCAACUGGACCGGCUCUGAAUAAACUAAAAGAUUCAAAUUUGCCCACUGGUCUUCAACUUCGUUCAUUUACAAUCGAUGAGUCCAAGCGUGAACAACAAGAACAAGUAGCUAGAGAAUUGAUUGAUAGUUGUUUGAAAGAAGGUGCGCGUACUAUCAUUGUUGAUAUUGGCAAUAAAUUUGAUGCACUACUCCAAACUAUUUCAUCGAAGAACAAUCUCAACACUGAUAAGGUUCGUUUCUGGUGUUACUAUGACAAUCCAGAGCCGUAUGUACCCGGUGGUUAUUCACUCAAAGCAGAAGAAACAAUUACAGCAUCACAAUAUAUUCUAUUUGCAAAUAAAAAUUUAGCCAAAAUACCUUCGAUAAUAUAUUCGUUGCCUGAAAAGCAUAUUGAUUUAAAAGACAAGACAACUGAAGGUAUUGGUUAUUAUCCAAUUGAAGAAGUUGAAAAACUAAUAGAAAAACGAUACGUUGAAAGCGAUUCUUUACGAGCAGAGAAUGGAUGGACAAAUGUAAAACAUCUAUUUGUAUAUUUUGGUGGAAAUAAUGAUGCUUAUUUUGAUCAAGCAUUUCCUGCUUUUCUGUCAAGUCUUUCUCAGAUAGAUAAGAACAUCGUAAAAGAUAUCGUUUUUCUACUUCAUCAACAUCCUGCUGCAAAAAAACAGAAUCGAGAUGGUGUUUUAUUGCAAGAAUGGCUAGUGCAACAAAAUGAUAUUCAAGCAAUUAUAUCAACAUUAAAAACAAGUGAUCAAGCACUAAUAGUUGCUGAUGCUGCUCUGUAUUAUCAAACAAGUAUGGCGCCACAAUUUUCUCUUAUCGGAUUACCAACAGUGCAAGUUGGGCAUGAAGUAUACCAUGAUGUUUUAGUUAAAUUCAAUUUGUGUUAUACGGCUACAAAUUCAAAUGAAUUAGCUGUUGCUUUACAGAAUAUGAAAGAUAAUAGUCCGUCAUCGGAUAAAAUUCAGCAACACAAAAAAUUUAUUUAUAAUGCUAUUGGAUACACUCCUGAUUGGCCAACGAAUCUUCAUCGCAUUAUCUUUGAUUAUAAAUAA